UGGGCGGGGCCACCGAUUUGCCCGUGGGUGUAUUUAAGGGUGGCUCAUGGCGGAGGAAGGUACGACUUUUGUUGCUGUUUUGCUUGUCUGCAAUUCUUGAGUCUCCUCGCUUUGUUCCUGUCGUGUCUGUGAUUUUCUGUUUCUGUUUGGUAAAAGACGUGAGUGGUGGGCAAGUUUGGUCAAAGUAUUUUCAAUUUUCCAGACGUGAGCGGUGGGCAAGUGAAGCCUCGCGAAGCACUGAGGCUUUCCUCGCAAUUGUGCCCAAAAAGAUUCCAAGCUUUCAAGGCGUCAGUAAUGGUGACAUCUGCUGGACGACCGAAGCCAUAGCACCCUCUGAAGAGCACACGACGGAAGCACUGGCGCCGUUUCUCAGAAAAGUGUUUUGUUCGUUCAUACCGAAUCAUGAUUAUGUCGUCAUGACAAUAAAAUGUGCAAAUGCUCUCGCGAUACUCCGACACACAUUCCAGAUUAACCCAAGAAUCAGUGCAAAUUAUAUUAAAUGUUGGCGGCACGGUGGACGACUGGUUAGAGCGUCCGGCUCCCAGUUGUGAGGACCGGGGUUCGAUCCCCCGGCCCCGCCUGUGUGGAGUUCGCAUGUUCUCCCCGCGCCUGCGUGGCUUUUCUCCGGGCACAUCCCAAAAACAUGCAUGCUAGGUUCAUUGACAACUCUAGAUUGCCCGUAGGCGUGACUGUGAGUGCGAAUGGUCGUUUGUUUGUAUGUGCCCUGCGAUUGGCUGGCGACCGGUUGAGGGUGGACCCCGCCUCCUGCCCGAUGAUCGCUGGGAUAGGCUCCGGCACGCCCGCGACCCGCGUGAGGCGAAGCGGCUCACGAAGUGGAUGGAUGGAUAUGAAAUCUUGGUUAAGGGUUGAUUUCAAACUUUGAGCUUUAUUUAAAAAGUGUACUAAAAGUCCCUAACAGGAUUCGAGAUCCUUCCUACUUUGCAAAUGAUGAUGGUGUGUGAAUUCAGAAACAUUGUUUUGUGUGCGUGUGUGGCGUUUUGAAGGAAAACCUUUCCAGAUAAUACACUUUGGGACCACCGCCUCCCUCUCCUGAGAAGGGCACAGCGGCGGCUGAUAACCGUACGAGUGGCAGAGCAAACGAGGGUGAGGCAGGUGAGAAGACCGCGAGGGGGGUGCCGAUGGCAAACACGGCGAAGAGCAGCCUGGCCGUUGGUCUGUGGGUGAAAACCAGACGAACGACAAACAACCGUUCGCACUCACGGUCACGCCUACGGGCGAUCGAGAGUCUCCAAUUCACGCAUGUUUUGGGGAUGUGGGAGGAAAGCGGAGCGCCCGGGGAAAAGCCACGCAGGCACGGCGGGGAGAACAUGCAAAUUGAACCCGGGUCCUCAGAACUGUGAGGCGGAGGCUCUGACCGGCCGUCCGCGGUGCCGCCCCCAUGCCAAGUCAUUGCUGUUCAAGUCCAAGUCGAGUUGAGUCUUUGAACAUGUUGUCAAGUCUAAAGUCCUGUGACUCUGAAAACCAGCGCAACAGUUUCCAACUCCAACUUCUGCGUGGCGGUCCGUUCACUGGCCUUUGGCCGUUCUUGACCGAAUACUGCCAAAUGGACGCCGCGGAGGCUGAGCGGCUGAGCGGCCGCGUCCGGCUUUCCCGAGCCGUGGGACACCGGUGGGUCAGCGUGAUCGCGCUACUCACGGGAUUAUGGAAGCCGUCUUCUCGCGUUGAGAAUCGCCGGUCGCGUCUUGACCUCUCGCACAAAUGGCGCUAUUACUGGAAAAUACUGGAUGGGUGACACGGAAAAUAGCGAACCUUCAUCUGCCGCUCCGUCUGCGUUGCGUGAGCCCAAUAUUCCUCAUGCCGCUGGUUAUUCCGCUCAAACCGGGAAAUGUGCACAAUUGCUGUACCGGCCAGCUCUCACUCGUCUUUGACCGGCAACCUCUGAGCGAGGUGCACAAGGUUGUGAUUAUGCACCAGCUUAAUGACAAAGCGGCGGCACGGGCAAUCCGGCUGCACCUACGUCUUUAUCCCCCUUUCUCACAGAGAUGACUAAAGUUCCGGAACAUCCUAUUCAAAGCCAGGAAGCAGGUAGCCGUCUAACGUGUUACUUUUCGCAUCCCGGCUGCAGAGAGCGGAUUUGAUGACGUUGCGUUACAGAGUAUUUUUGGUCGGGGACUCGAUGAACUGGCAGCGUGUGACGGGGCACUCGAUCUGGAAGAACUAAGUGGACUUCCCAUCCGAUUGGACAACCGUCUGCGGGAGCAGCAGCAAGUACUGUCAUGUGCUGUGUUUGGUAAUGCCGCCCUCUCUCUGCCCUUCAGUCUCGGGGGUGCGGGCGGAGCCACUUAGGCGCACCCGCCAGCGUUUUGCUCCUGGGUGUAUUUAAGGGCGGCUCGUUCUGGAGGAAUUACUUUGGCUUAUCCGCAAUUCUCGAGUCUCCCAGCUUUGUUCCUGUCGUAUCCUGUCUCGCCGUUUCCAGUGGCACUUAAGGUUUUUUGUAAGCGCUACUGUGAUUUUGUGUUUGUGUGAUUUUUCCGGCAGUCCCCGUUGUCCGUUGCAGUUGGAGUUUGUCCUGUUUUGUGGCAGCGCCAAAGCAGACUGUGAUGGGUGAACACGGGAUCCGGUCGACGACCGCUAUGUAGAAUUGCCUCAACAGCUUUUGGUGGCGCUUCCUCAGAAGCCGCAGGAAUGGCAUCCUCUGCCGGGCCUUUUCGAGGAUGGACUUGAUGUUGAUCUCCCACUUGCGGUCCCGAGAGACUGUAAUUCCCAGCAACUUGAAGGUCUCGGUGGUUGACGUGGGGCAGUUGUGGCGAAGGUCAUGUAUUGGUCAUAUUGACCUUCCUUCAGCUGUGGCUCCGUCCACCUCUUUGUUAGUUUUUUUUUUUUUUGCUGCUAUUCUUGGUUUCUGUACUCUCAUGUCAGCACUUUUGCCUUUGUUAUGGCCUUUGGUCCUUCUUGACAAUCCCCCUCGGAUCGUACCAGUUCCGACCUAAAAGCGUUCCGGGCGACAACGAAGACUGGCUGAGCGUGACAAACUAAGCCAUAUGCGCCGAAUAUGAUUUGUGAUUUGCUUUGUGAAAAUAAAGUCCCAUCUUAAGCAUUUCACCGAAUAACUUAAUAAGCAGAAGGGCCUAUCCUCAUGUCGUCAGUGCGCGUUAAGGAAUAACAACAUCGAGCUGCUGUCGGCCACAACUCUCCACUCCGUCCUAAAUCGACUCCCAAGCUACUCACUGCCCCGCACACUCAUCAUUACAGAUCACAGAUAUGACAGUAUUUGUUUCUCCGACUGUCCAACUUGGACCUCCGAGUUUGGGCGGCGUUCCGGUGAACUUUUCCCGAUCGGAGGUCGGAUGACUCCGACUUCCCACUUUUCUGGAGUGCGGCGUAACAUGACUCAAUUGCUCCAGCUAACAAUGCUAAUGCCAAUGUUUUACGGCACAACGCAUUGUGAUUGGAUGAGAACGGUUUCCAUGGUAAGCUGCAACUUUAACAGGAUGUGAAUGCAUCACUUCCGUCCUGUCUGUGUGCGUGUGCGUGUGCGUGUGCCACCACAAUUAUCCUCCAUCCGCUUGAACGUGUGCAUCCUUCUGGAAGUGUCACACAGCGGUUGCCAUGGAGACAGUCUCCUCCUUCCUGUGCGCGUGUUCGUGCGAAGCGUUUCCUCGCGUGCACGUUUGAGGAGACGCGUCACUGCUGCAGGCGACACUAACACACACAGACACACACACACACACAGCACCGUGAAGAGUGACUCCUCCCCGCCUGCCACACAAGCAUGACAUCAUCGCACGCACGCACGCACGCGCACACACGCACCGUGUGUAGGAUGUGUUGAUCGUGGGCUGGUCGCGGUGAAGAAGAGGAGAAUAAAUCAAGGACAAGAAGGAUGGAGUCGGAAGAGAAUGUGCUCCAGUCGUUUCUUCUCAUCCUUCUGCUCGCCGCCUCCUGCACGAUGGUGGGUCCGGCGGCCCCGCAGAGGCAGGCGGGUCAGGCUCAGGAGCGCGGCGGCUGGCAGGUAUUCAGCUCGGCCCAGUACUCAGGGGGCGGCUGCGUGUGUACGGUGGUGACCCCCCACGACGCCGUCUGCUCCCGAGACGCUCGCAGCAAGCAAGUGCGACGCCUGCUGGACAAGAACAUGAGCCGCUCCAUCGAGGAUUUGGACCAGCGCACCCGGCAGGACAUCGGCAUGGUGGAGAAGAUGGAGGCGGAGCUAAGAGGUCUGGAGAGGAAGUUCAAAGCGGUGGAGGCGGGGCAUGAGAGCAACAGGGCCAGGCACUACCAGGCCGUGAAGGCCAAGAUGGAGGAGCUGCGUCCGCUCAUCCCGCUGUUGGAGGCGUACAAGGCCGACGCCCUUCUGGUCCGGCGCUUCAGGGAGGAGGCGGCCAACGUGACGGCGACGCUGGCCGAGCUGCACGACCGCAUGGCCCUGGUGGACUAUCAGGACCUGCACGCGCGCGUGGCCGGCCUGGAGGAGCGGCUGCACGCCUGCAUGCAGCGGCUUGCUUGCGGGAAGCUAACGAGAAUCGCCGAGCCCGUCAUCGUCAAGACCUCCGGGUCCAGGUUUGGGUCCUGGAUGACGGACCCGCUCGCACCCGCCGGAGACAACAGAGUGUGGUACAUGGACGGCUACCAUAACAACCGCUUCGUGCGCGAGUACGAGUCGCUGUCGGACUUCAUGACGUCGGACAACUUCACGUCGCACCGCCUGCCUCACCCGUGGUCCGGGACAGGUCAGGUGGUUCUGAACGGCUCGCUAUACUUCAACAAGUUCCAGAGUCACACGCUGAUCAAGUUCGACCUGAAGUCUUCGCUCAUCAGCCGCUCGCGCCAGCUCGACUUCGCCGGCUACAACAACAUGUACCACUACUCGUGGGGGGGGCACUCCGACAUCGACCUGAUGGUAGACGAGGGCGGGCUGUGGGCCGUCUACGCUACCAACCAGAACGCCGGCAACAUCGUGCUGAGUCGGCUGGACCCCGACAGUCUUCAGGUGCUGCGCAGCUGGACCACCAACCAUCCCAAGCGCAGCGCCGGCGAGGCCUUCAUGGUCUGCGGGACGCUAUACGUCACCAACGGUUACUCGGGUGCCACCAAGGUUUACUACGCCUUCGCCACCAAUUCGUCCACAUACGAGUACAUCGACGUGCCCCUCGCCAACACCUACGGGCACAUCUCCAUGCUGGACUACAACCCGCGCGACAGGGCGCUCUACGCUUGGAACAACGGGCGACAGCUCCUCUACAACGUCACGCUCUACCACGUCAUACAGUAAUCACGUUGCGCGUCGUGAUGCCGUGACAUUACAUCAUCGCAAUGUCAUGACAUCACCAACGAACAUCAUUACAUUGCCCAUUGUGACAUCAUAACAUGACAUCACCAAUGAUAUAAUAGUUUGGAUUUUUUUCAUACUGUGAGUUUUAGUUCUUAUUUUAUAUGAAUGAUUUAAUUUUAACCAGUUUUAGAGCGUAUUUGCUAGUUUUCUGGAGUUUUUAUUCAUUGAGAUUUUCCAAUUAAAUUCGUUGUUUUGUUGGUUUUCAUUGCUUUAAUAACCUUGGCUUGUAAUGCCAUCACGCGAUUAUGACAUCAAGUCAUGACGUGACACAAACCGUCACGUCAUGACAUGUUAUGACCCGUCAUGACGUGUGACAGUGAGUUGAUGUGAGUGACAAUGUUGACAGGUGUCGUUCAUCCUUUUGUAAUCUUUGGAAACAAUAAACACGUGAGGUCACAUGACAUGGUCACGUCACGUUAGAAUGCCAGCUCGCAGCAAUACAAAUGUUUUCUAUUCUCUUUGCGCAUAGAUACAUUUACACACGUACACAUUGUGGAUCUACUGCAACACGCAGGAAUUUCAUAAUAAAUAAUAAUAAUAAUGUAUGGAGGACUCUUUCUAUUCCUCUUGUCAAUCACAGAUGUGUCAAAAUGUCAAAUAAAGAGCAAUAACCGA